GGUAAUUUUAUCCACAUAAGUUUGUUGUAUAUGAGAGUUUCUUUUAUGUGUAAUAGCUUGCAAAAAAGGUUUCUUAAAAAAUAUUAAAAUGGCCAGUAAUUUUAAUGAGGAAGGUCCAACACGUAAAAAUGAGGAAUAUGAAGGUCCUCGAAUUAAUGGAGUUGCUCAGAAAUUUCUUGCGGACCUGAACGAAGAACGAGAACGCUUAGGUAGCGAAUUUCCUUUAUGUGUUCAAGUCAUUGACGAAGCAAUUGAACGAGUGUACACGACUGGUCGAAUUCCAGGCACUGAAUACUUGGCUGAUGUGUAUAAGCAAAAACCAAUGAAGAUUACUCAAAAAGUGUUCGUUCCUGUUAAGCAAUAUCCCAAGUUCAACUUUACAGGAAAAUUAUUGGGACCGAAGGGUAAUUCAUUAAGACGUUUGCAUGAAGAGACGCAGUGUAAAAUUAUUAUAAAAGGCCGUGGUUCAAUGCGGGACCGUAAUAAGGAAGAAGAACUAAGACAAUCAGGCGAUCCUCAACAUGCGCACCUAAAUAGAGAUCUCUUCAUAGAAAUAAGCACUGUAGCAACUCCAGCUGAGGCACAUGCACGAAUUGCUUACGCUUUAGCUGAAAUACGUAAAUAUCUUGUACCAGAUAAAAACGAUGAAGUUUCGCAAGAACAACUGCGGGAACUUAUGGAAAUAGAUCCAAAAUCGGCUGAAACAUAUUCAAAAACGGUGCUUAAUAAGUUCUCGACUGGUGAAGGUGCAUCUAAAUUUUUAAAUCUAAUUAAGCAUCACGGUGCUUCCCCAGAGAGUUUAGAGGAACAGUAUGAAGAAAUAAUUGAAUAUCAACCUCGAAUCCCAAAGCGUACUAUUCCAACUCCAUAUAUAAAAGUGCCUAUAAAACGACCACCAACUACUGUUAUUGGAUCUGGAUUUAAGCGUACACGCGAGACUGCAGUCAAACCUUAUAAACCAAUAUAUCAAAGUAUUAUUAGGAAAUACAAAUAAAUUUAUGAUGGUAUAAAACCUUUAAGAAUCAAACAUUGUAAUCAUAACUAACUACUAUUCAAAAAAUAAUAUAAAAUUCAAACAAUAAAAUCAAUAUUAUAUUAAUCACUACAUUUUCGCAAUAAACUAAAUAUUGAUAAAAUAAUGUAAUUGUAUGUCGUCUAGAAUUUGUGUGCAAAUAAUAAUAAAGAACAAUACAAUUAAUAAUAGCUUACAUUUUAUCUGAAUAACUUAACAAAGUUUAUAAUAUUUCAAAAAUAUUCAUAUAAUACAUAAUACUCUUACUUCAAUCAUGUUAAUCUGUGUUACUGAAAUAAAACAACAAAAUUGAAUAAAUUUCGAAAUUGAUAAAGCUGUUAUAUGUAUAUAAAAAGUUUCGAAAUAUAAAUUUGGCUAAAUUAUAAUCUAAUAAUAUGUUGAAACAAAGAAUUGUGCCAAACGGAAUGCCUCAUAAUGCAGUUAAUAAAAUAAGGGUCUUGAAAAUCCUAUAAUUUAGUAACAUAAGAGCUAGAAUAACCAUUCUCAAUUGUAUAUGUACGAAUUUUUUAUUAUUUAUGAAAAAUUUGGUUAAAAAUAUUAACCAGUUUUUUUUUUAUAUAGUCAAUAUGGUAAUAGUUGCACGAUAGCCAACAUAGGAUUUAAUAUGAAAGUAUAUAAUGAAAAAAUAUAGUAAUAGUAGCGUGUUGUGGCACAGGAAGUUCCUAAACCACCUAGGAGAACGAAGGAAUACAACUUAAAUAAUCAACAAGUUUUGCGAAUGUAAUCGCCCUAUCUAACGUCAUCGAUGAACAAAACUCGGACAAAUAAAGUUUUGAGAUACAACUCAACGAGAUAAUGGAACAAUACAAUAACAAACAUAAAAACUUUAUUCGAUUUACUUUUGUGCCAAUCCAGUAUGGUAAAAAUUGGGAGCAUCAGUACAUCCCCGACGAUGUUUGAAUGCACCUCUCAGCUGAAUCCCUGUUGAAUAGAGUCAACAAUUUGGAUAUUAUCGUUAUGAAGAAAGAGAUCCUACUUGGGUAAAUAAUCAAGAAGGCGAAUGUUAAACAAGAUCUGGUCAUCUGUUACAAAUACUAGCGGAGCAUAUAACCAAUGAAUAUAUGUGUUAACAUAUCGAACUGAGACUUGCGUCAAGUGUCCUACUAAAUCUUGAAACUGUGGAUCAAAAUUAUGAUUUAGAUAAAUAUGAAUAAAUCAUAUCUCAAUUUGAGUUAAAAAUCGUA